UUUUCCGAUACUCGCUGCAAUCUCCCGUCUCAUUACGUCAUCCUGGACAAUUUCCAACGCAACUUAUCUGCUCUAUUGGCCAGACGACACGCAGAGUUCGCGGUGAAGGCAACAGACACGUCGUGACUUCCUCCAUUGGUGCUUUCCCAUCGUUGUUUAGGGACCGACUCUUCUCUUACCCGACUGCCUUUCACCACGAGGCCCUCCCCAUAUUUAUACCCACAAUCUCCCCGCCUCCACAUCGAACAUGCACACCACGACUUGGUCCUUUGCACUCAACCCAGAUGGACCCUUCCAGAGACUCCGGCAAUGCGCCUGUCUCACGAGACUGGCGCAUUCCGAAUUUGGAUGACGCACCACUCAACAUCAUGACUGCAGCAGAUACUGCCACGAACGCCUCUAUGGUGCCCCUUUCCCAAUACUCACAUGGCAGAAGCAUUACCGUCCCGUCUCCGCCUUAUGAGCAAGGCUACUCCCAGAACAAUGACUAUUUCCAGUCGCUCGCGCCUUCCGCCUCGCCAAUCGGACGCCAUCCGCACAACGCCGAGUCUUUGAACGAUGAGGUGAAUCGCCCACUGACUCCACCACGCCAGGAAGAUGACGAUUUCAGCACAUUAAGGCAGUGGUACGCGGAGGAAGGACUUGGUAACAGCUCAUCUGGAUUUGAGCAGACAGAGCCGCAAGCUUUUUCUUGGUAUACACAACAACAGCAGCAACAACAACAACCGGACUACGCAGCUUGGAAAAAUCUGAAUCAUCCUGAGGUGCCAUACAAUGCUCCGUAUGCCCAGAACAGCCCUGAAGACGUUCAUUGUAAGCAGCCACUAUACGACUUCUAUGGCAAACCGUCUCAACUGCUUUCUAUUUCGAACCCUCACCCGCCACUUCCCCGUUACUCUCGAUAUUCCCUGGUUGCACCUCGGACUUUUGUACAACCACAACCAAUUCAGCAAUGGCCGUCUUACAGUUUACUACCCCAAGCCAGCCUGAGUGAGCUCAGUCAGUCAGACACAUCCCUAAUUCCACCGAUUCCUAAGCACACCGCAAAACUUGACGAGAAAACACGUCGAAAGCAAGAGAAGUUACACCGGAAAGGUGAAGCACGCCAACAAGAGAUCUCGGCGCGCAGGCAAUCCGCAACGCAGCGAGGUCAGCGCAAGAUGGCGGGAUCGAAACGCAAACGUAGUUCCAUCUUCAACAUGUUGGUGCCGCCUGCACCAGCCCCGCCUCGUCAACAACCGGAAGACAAAUUCCCCGUCCCAGAGUUACAGCACGAUCCUCUGGCCGAGUCCAUGGCUUGGGGGGCGCCACCACAGGGUUAUGCACCGAAUAUCGAAGGGUCAUAUUAUCACCAACCCGGGCCCGUCUCACCUCUACUAUCUCGAUACCCGCCCUCGCUAUCUAUAUCCGAGCCACAGAUACAGCCCGACCGGGAUGACAUCGAACAGUUGAUUACCGACAAGUACGAGGAAUACAAAUGGUCUGUGAAGCUGUAUGAGAUCAACCCCGAAAAAGGAUAUGAUUUUGCUCAGUCGUUUCUGGAAGACCUGUUUAGUAUGAAGGACUUGUGUGACAUCAGCUCGCAGUACAGCUGGCAUGCACAUACUAGUCAAGGCUUUAUCAAGGACGGCGACCGUCUGUCAUUCGUCGUACUCCACAAUGCAGCCAACCCAUUUACAUGGAACAUGUCGCCUGAUUCCACCACCACGAUAGGUGUUUAUGGACGAUAUUGGCACCUCCAUAACGAGAUCCAUUGGAAGACCUUCGCCCCCGACAUUCGCGAUAUCCUGAACGAUGUCAUGAACCAAGGAUUCUUCAAGUUGAAGAACAAGUGGCACGUCGACAUGGAGAAGGCGAGCGACAAGCGCUUCCACCGAGCAUAUUGGCUGGCGGCGAGGAUGAUGCCACUCAAAGGCAUUCUGAACCAUGAUCCGGUUAGGGAGACACCUCAUGAUGCCGUGGAGGAUGAUGAAGACUUCAAGGUUACUGAGAAAGAUCUGCAGAAUAGUUGGGAUGAUGAAGAAAUUUCAGAAGAGGAGUCGACUAAGACAUGGGAAAAGAUUCUUCAACGCAACGAGGAAGCUGGCGUGUCGGAGUAUAAAAACGAGCAUGUGGUCACUGGCUCCUCGGAGCGAGACAUCCACGACAUUUUAGGUAUUGGAGUCUUCUUGUAAGCUGCCGUUGUGCCGCACCUGGGGGCGUUUCGUGUUUUGUGUUCUGUGUAGGGUAGUUGCUGGCUAUGAGGACGUGAAGGCUGUGAGGUCCUUCAUUACCAGACUAUUACUGUAUGCUGGAAUUGGGAUUGGAAUUGCGACCGGGAUUGGCAGGGGUGGGCAGGCGAAAAUAUUUCAGUGCACAUGCAGGACUAUUCCAAGUCCUCCAUAACGACCAUGUAUCAAUAACAAUCACGGGCG